AAAAAAGAAAUCAGUCAGGGCAAAGAUCUCUGUGUUGCCCAGCUGAAGUGGGAAGUGAACACUCGCCUGAAGCUUGAUGAGAUGGAGAGAGAGCAGAAGCAUGGGACCAUGUUUCCAGUCUCCUCUGGUUCCAACGGGAACAGCCCCUCCAUCAAGCCAGUCAGGGAGUCACUACCGUCCCUUAAUGUCCCACCGAACCAAGUGGACGUUGCGAAUGGCGACCCAUCUGUGUCUCAGAGACAGCUUGCAGAAGAGGCUGCUACCCUGGACGUGGUUCAUCAGGCCCUUGAGGACAUGCUCAAUGACCUGACCUACCUCCUGGCAUCCCGUCCACACAGCCUCUCAGUGGUGGUGGUGGACCUGGCCACCCAGCUGCUACUCAGCAUAGGAACCGACCCCGCCUUCAAGGAGGCGGUGCCGCUGGUCGACCUGGUCAUGUGGGUGAUUAUGAAGGCCCUGCAGGAGCUUUUCACCACAGGGAAUUUCACAGAUGCUUUCCAAGCAGCCAAUCGGAUUCGCAUCUGCUUCUCCAAGCCUGUGGGCGUCAGAAUUGUAAAGUCGUUACUUGGAGAUCUGCUGAGUGUGGCUGGGGGACCUGCUGCCCUGAAGAGACUCCUGAGUGUCAGAGGGGAAGCCCUGAUGGGAAGCAUCCUGAGCGGCAUUGUGAUCAAUGUCGUCAGCCUGAUGGAUUGGAACAGAUGUCCCUCCUUUGGCUGGACUGGCCCUCUGCUCAGCAGACACUCCUGCGGUGUCCAGGAUGUCCAGUCUCUCCUUGACAGGAAGUCCCCUGUCUGCCAUGCAGAGAUUCCAGUGAUGGAUUCUGCAACACUGAACACCAUCAUGGCCGAACUUCUGGUUAAGAUAUUUGCUGAUGCACCCCGCAAGGUAGUCUCGUUAAUCCUGCUUGACAGUCCCUUUCUGGUUGACCUGGAGAACCACCUGUCUGCGGUCCGAGGGAUGUCAGUGAGCAGCAGCGAGAGAAAGGCCAGCUUCUCUUUGAAGCCUGCCGAGGUACGGAGGAUUGUGGACUCUGUCUACAACCGGCUAGCACAGCGCUCAGGCUCCAAGAUGAUCCUGCAGACCAGUGUCUCUUCUAAGACCCAGAUGGUGUCCAGAGACAUUGCCUGCCUCAUUGUGAGGGCCUUGAUCUCUGGAGGCUCCAGCUUGAUCUCUGGAGGCUACUCUAUGACCCCUGGUGACUGUGGAGAGCACUGCAGGGUAGACAGGCCCAAAGAUGAGGACUACUGGACCUUGGCAUCCACUGGAACUGUCCGCGAUGCUCUAUUUCUGCACACCAUUGACAGAUUAGUAAGUAACAUCUUCCCCGUCAACCCUGCCGUAUCGAUGUUGGGUGAAGAUAUAAGGAAGCGCCUCUGCUUGUCGCAGCAGCUUUGGGCUGUUAUCCAGAAACUGUGGGCCAAAACACCGAAGAGUAAAGCUCUCCAUCAGGCUCUGUUGAAUCUGCCCUGUUCUGAACAAGACAUGGGGGAGAUGGAUUAUAUGCUUGGAGAUAUGCUCUUUGCUGGGUACUCGGAGGCAUUCCGGUCAGAACUUCCUCUUGAUAUCGAUGCCAUUAUCGAGGAUGAGGAGCUAUGCUUUAUGGUCUCCGGCAUGGUUGUUGAAAACCUCCUCAAUCACUGGACCCCUUCUGGAAGCAACUGCUUUAAUCACAGCCCAGUUGGCCUCGUAUCAGCUUUUGGAACGGAGGUGAAGGUGGAAAAAGCCACGUUUGGAACAAACUUCCCUGACUUGUAUAUCAGUGGCAAAAAUAUGUCCACUGGAGAGGAACCAAGCCUCUCAACCAAGGGACCCUGCAAGUCUUCCAAGAAAGGCGUGAGAGGAUUUCUACACAGGGCAUGGAAGGCUGUGAAGCGUGGACUCAUCUGUGGCUGUGGACGAGCUGCUUCUGACCUGGAUUAGACGCUGCACCCUCUGUUUUACUCUGGAUUAGACGCUGCACCCUCUGUUUUACUCUGGAUUA